CCACCGUCACCCGUUCUGGUCGAUCUGGCGCCGGCCGGGGAUGGUGGUGCUGCCAACAAGAAGAAUUCUGAUUCGGAGGAGACCAAAGAGGCUCCGCUGCCUCCCGACUUUCCAAAGAUGAAGCCUUCUAGUCGCGCGUAUGCUGUAGAGGAUGUACCCAAUCCCCUGGAGUAUGCCGCCUAUUCCUUCUACUUCCACGGCGUCUGCAUCGGGCCUUUGGUCUUCUAUCGUGACUACCGCAGUUACCUUGAGGGCUACGAAACGGGCGAACUGCCACCGAUUAGCUGCCGUCGCGUGCUCCUGCUUCUCUUUCGCGCCAUCAUUUACGGCGGAGGUUUUGUGGCCGUCAACAAACGAUUUCCCAUCAACUACAUUCCGACAGAUAAAUUUCGGAUUUAA